UUCUACCAAUAGGAAACCCAGCAAUUAACACCACCUGAUUAGAAAGCUCAGCUCCAAGCUCUACCUACUAGUAAUCCCAUCACAAACCCAACUUUAAAUCCUUCCAAGCAGUCAUCUACUUCCAACGUCCCAACCCAAAACCAGAUAGAUGAAAAUAAAAGAACACUACAGAAAGGUGUCACGUUGUCAUCUCACCACCCGAAACACAAGCGGAGAACCAACGGAAAUUAAACCCUCCGUCCGCUCUCCAACCUACACUCACUAUAAGAAUGAAGUAAAAAUACUUCCCAAAUUCCAACCCCGUGAAGCAAUAUCUAUAUUUAGCUACCAACCUCAUCCAAGACCAUGUCGUCCCUCCGUCAGCGACAACAACAACAACAGCCCACCAAAGAACCAUCCACCCCCCAACCCCGAUCAACCGCCCCAGUGAAGCCGUCCAACCGCAAUGCCAAAACCGGCCCCAGCAUCCUAGACAUCAUCCGCGUGCUGGUUACCCUCGUCGUCGCAUCAUGCGGCCUAUCCUACUACAUGACGUCGUCCGAGUCCGUCCUCUGGGGCUAUAGACCCUGGUUCACCAGAUGGCCCGUCUUAAUCCGGUACCUGCAAGGACCCCUAACCCUCACGCCCCAGCAGCUAUCCCUCUACAACGGCACGGACACCUCCCUGCCAAUCUACCUAUCCAUUAACGGUUCUGUCUUCGAUGUAUCCGCCAACCCGCUCGUGUACGGACCGGGCGGACACUACAAUUUCUUCACGGGGAAGGACGCCACGCGGGCGUUUGUGACGGGGUGUUUCCAGGAGGACCAGACACACGAUCUGCGGGGCGUGGAGGAGAUGUUCAUGCCGAUUGACGAGGAGGCGGAGCUGAAGGCGUUGAGCAGUGGGGAGAAGAAGAUUCGGCGAGAGCAGGAUCGGAGGUUGGCGAGGGCGAGUGUGCAGAAGCAGGUGGCGCAUUGGGAGAAUUUCUUCCGGCAUCAUAAGAAGUAUUUUGAGGUGGGGAGGGUGGUCGGGUUGGAGGUUCCCGAGAAAGAGAGGGAGCUUUGUCAGAGUGCGAGGCAGCAGAGGCCGAAGAGGAGUAGUUUGAAUAAGAGGAAUUAAUUGGGUGAUUGUAUGUACGUGUAUAGUAUGGAUGGGCUUUGUAACUUUUUUUUUUUUUUUGGUUGCGGCGGGUCUUAUCGUUGGGCUACGUAUUUGCUGGGAUUAUGUUCUCUGCUCUUAUCUGUCGUGGUCCUUACGUCUGUUCCCUGCGGGGAAGGUAUUGAGUCGUGGGUGUGUAUAUGGGCUUUACUUGAUACGUUCAACAGCGUGGAUGAUAUGACUUCACUCCGAAAUUGAUUGAUUCAUUGAACCACUAUACAUCAUUUGCCCAGCCAAGCUUCCGAAUUUGAGAGAUAUCAUUCGUAAAAUGGAAAAGGUCCGCGAGAAAAGACUAGUGAGGAAACGUUU